CAUCAAUUGGGUAAGGCAUCUUUGGUGCAAUAAAUAAACACUUUUAAAUUCACCUUCUCUCUCUUCAUCUCCACUGUCCGAACACAGAUAAUCGCUGGCUUUUUCCAGUCUUUUGCCACCCAUGUUCUCAACUCAAACCUUCUGAUUUUCAAACCCCAUAACUCAUCAAAAACCCACACACCUCUGUGUAAAUUCACACGCUUUAAAGCCCACCGAACUCUUUUUCGGGCCUCGAUUUCCGGCCCGAAUGGCCUUUCUCCCCGCCUCAGUCGACUCUCAAUCGGCAUGGCCUCAAGAUUUUCACGGUGUAGUGCCGGAUUUCUUGAUGAGGAGGUCGAUGUCGUUUUCUGAAGUCCAGCCGGACGAUGACGUGUCAGACGAUGGGUCCCACAUGUUGGGGGAGAAGAAGAGAAGGCUGAACUUGGAGCAAGUGAAGGCCCUUGAGAAGAGUUUCGAGUCGGGCAAUAAGCUGGAGCCCGAGAGGAAAAUGCAGCUGGCGCGGGCCCUCGGGCUUCAGCCCAGACAAAUCGCGAUAUGGUUUCAAAACCGAAGGGCCCGCUGGAAAACCAAGCAGCUCGAGAGGGAUUAUGAUGUCUUGAAGAGACAAUUCGAGGCGAUUAAGGCUGAUAAUGAUGCACUCAAGUCACAGAACAAGAAGCUUCAAGCACAGUUAAUGUCACUAAAAACCACCCGAGACUCAACUGGGUCGGGCGGCCCGAUCAACCUGAACAAAGACCAAGAGCAAGGGUCCAACUGGAGCCCGGGGAGUGAAGAAAACAGCUGCCACGUCAACCUCAACACGACCUCUACAGACAGCACGUUGUGUCCUAGUCAUCAUCACAAUAAUAAUAAUAAUAAUAAUAAUAAUAAUAAUCACCAAAGCAACAAAAACGAUGCCGUUUUCAACUCGUCCAUAGGCCUGACUCAGCUACUCCACACCUCAUCAACGCCACAUCAGCAAGCUCCGGUUCCCAACGAGUGCUUCGGUAACGUCGUGUUUGGCGGAAUUGAUGAAAACCCUGGAUUCUGGCCGUGGCCAGAGCUCCAGAAUUUCCAGUGA